GUGUCUGUGUGUCUGUGUGUGUGUGUCUCUGCAUGUGUAUGUUUCUCUGUGUGUGUAUGUGUGUCUAUGUGUACCUCUGUAUGUGUAUGUCUCUGUGUGUGUGUCUGUCUGUCUGUAUGGGUAUAUGUCUAUGCCUGUCUGUGUAUGUGUGUGUUUAUGUGUGUCUUUGUGUAUGUCUCUGUAUGUGUAUGUCUGUGUGUGUGUCUGCAUGUGGGUAUGUCUAUGUGUGUCUGUGUAUGUUCAUGUCUGUGAGUAUGUAUGUCUGUAUGUAUGUGUGUCUAUGUAUAUGUCUCUGUGUGUGUAUGUAUCUGAGUAUGUCUGUGUGCAUUAUGUCUGUGUGUGCAUUAUGUCUGUGUGUGUAUUAUGUCUAUGUGUGUAUGUAUGUUAUGUCUGUAUGUGCAUGUCUGUGUGUGUUUGUAUGUGUGUAUGUUUGGGUGUGUAUGUGUGUGUAUCUGAGUGUGUCUGUGUGUGUAUUAUAUCUGUGUGUGUGAGUAUGGGUAUAUCUGUGUGUGUCUGUAUGAUGUUAUGUCUGUGUGUUUGUAUGUGUAUGUUUGUGUGUGUAUGUGUGUAUGUAUCUGAGUGUGUCUGUGUGUGUAUUAUGUCUGUGUGCAUCUGUAUGUGUGUGAGUAUAUGUGUAUGUCUGUGUGUGUCUGUAUGUGUGUAUGUCUGUGUGUAUUAUGUCUGUGUGUCUGUAUGUGUGUGUAGACGUGUGUGUGUGUGUGUGUGUGUGUGUGUGUGCAGGCAUGCAUGUGGCAUUCAGAGGAGGACAUACAGAGGGCUGUGCUGCUCUAUCACUCUCCACUUUAUUCCUGGGACAAGAUUUCUCACGGAGCCUGGAGCCUGUUCCUUUUCUGUUGGGCUAGGCUGGCCAGCAAGCUCCCGCAAUCAGCCUGUCCCUCCAGCCACCCCAUGCCCAGCGCUGAGGUCACGAGCACACGUGGCCAUGCCUAACCUUUUCCCUGAGUGCUGGGGUUUGAAGCUCAGGGCCUCAUGUCUGUGUAACCACCACUCUCAUCCGCAGCACCAGCUCCCCAGCUCCUCAUCAUGAGUGUCAAAGCAGGGAGCAGAUGGAAACCCGCAGCAAGGUGUGCUGAGUCUCUCGAUGAACACCGCGAUCCUCCUGUCUCCACCUCCACAGUGCUGGGAUUACAGGUGUGAUGGCGACACUCGGCUCUUUCUGUGGGUGUUAGGGUUCGAACUCAGGUCCUUAUGCAGCAGGAGCCCCUGCCCGCUGAGCCAUCUCCCCAGCCCCUGGAGAGUUGUCUUAAAAUGAAUUUAUUUCAUGAUGUGUUAUCACUAAACG